GUCUCUGGGAUCAACAACAAUGGCGGAUUCGUAUUGCCCGGAAUGUAAGAGACCGACGGAGGUUGUGUUUGAUCACUCCGCCGGAGACACAGUCUGCUCCGAGUGUGGUCUUGUGCUGGAGGCUCAUAACAUUGACGAAACCUCCGAAUGGAGAACAUUCGCCAACGAGACCGGCGACAACGACCCUGUCCGAGUCGGAGGACCAACUAAUCCUCUGCUCACCGAUGGAGGCCUCUCCACCGUCAUUUCCAAACCUACUGGCGGCGGCGAAUAUCUAUCUUCCUCCCUCGGCCGUUGGCAGAAUCGUGGUUCCAAUCCUGAUCGAUCUCUCAUUCAGGCUUUCAAAGCCAUCGCUACAAUGUCCGACAAGUUGGGACUUGUUGCAACAAUAAAGGAUAGAGCAAAUGAGAUAUAUAAAAAAGUGGAAGAUCAAAAACCAAAACCAUUGAAGGGAAGGAAUCAGGAUGCCAUUUUAGCAGCUUGUAUCUACAUUGCAUGUAGACAAGAAGAUAAGCCUCGCACUGUAAAAGAAAUAUGUUUGGUCGCCAAUGGAGCUUCUAAGAAGGAGAUAGGCCGUGCCAAGGAGUUUAUUGUCAAACAGUUGGAAAUCGAGAUGGGUCAGUCCAUGGAAAUGGGAACUAUUCAUGCUGGAGAUUUUCUAAGACGAUUCUGUUCCCACCUUUGCAUGACUAACCAAGCAGUUAAGGCUGCACAAGAGGCUGUUCACAAAUCUGAAGAACUUGACAUAAGGAGAAGCCCAAUCUCCAUAGCAGCAGCUGUAAUUUAUAUCAUCACCCAGUUAUCAGAUGAAAAGAAAUUCCUCAAAGAUAUUUCACUAGCUACUGGAGUUGCUGAAGGAACUAUAAGAAAUUCUUAUAAAGAUAUAUACCCAUAUGCUUCUAGGAUUGUACCAAACUGGUAUGCCAAGGAUGAAGACCUCAGAAACUUGUCCAACCCUUGAUGAACUUUCCGAUAUUAUAGACUUCAUCUUCG